AUGAGGAAGGAGGAAGCUGAUGGCCGGGGAAGUUCUAAGCAAGAUGGACCAGAGACGGUGUCAGAGAAAAUAGCCACAGAGAAUGACAUUAAGUCUUGCGAGCAGAUUUUGGGUCUACGUGGAAUACGGAGGCAACAGGGAAACUGCCCAGGGAUAAGAACAGAUACGUCAGCUGCUAGCAGGGCGAGCUAUCAAGAUUUUAGUGAAAUUACCAUCGAAGAAGUGACCUCAGCUGAAUAUGAUCAGAGCUCAAACUUCAUGACAUGCAAAAGAACCGACAUGGAUGAGAAACCAUAUCAGUGCUUGGACUGUGGGAAAUCUUUCCAUAUGAAGGAUAAACUGAUCAGACAUCACAAAACCCACACAGGAGAGAAACCGUACAAGUGUUUAGACUGUGGCAAAUCCUUUAGUACCAAGUACGGGCUCUUAAGGCAUUAUCAGAUCCACAGAGGAGAGAAACCUUACGAAUGCUCCUACUGUGGAAAGUUUUUCCGGAUGAACUACGACCUCGUUAGGCAUCACAGGAUCCACACGGGGGAGAAGCCUUUCAGAUGCUCGGAGUGCGGGAAGUCCUUCAGCAUGAAUUCUGACCUUGUCAGGCACCAGCGAAUCCACACAGGGGAGAAACCGUAUGAAUGCACGGACUGCGGGAAGACCUUCAAUGUAAAAGGCAGCCUCGUUGCCCACGUCAGGAUCCACAGUGGGCUUAAACCGUACAAAUGCGGGGAGUGUGAGAAGUGUUUCAACCAGAGUUCAAAACUUAAGACUCAUGUGAGAAUUCAUACAGGGUAG